UUGCAGUAGAAUGUGAUUGUUCUGGCUGGGCUAUUAAGUUUAUGGCAUAAACUUCCACUAGAAGUUCUGCAAGUUUCCUCCAGUCUUUGCAACUGAAUUAUCUCUCCCGUCUUUUUAUUAUUAUUUAAGGAAUAUUGAAAGUAAAAGAUGGAAUGAUUUGGUGCGCUAACAAAAUCUUAAGUGUUGAGUAUCUGCAUUUUUUCUACAUUAGGAUAUCAGAAGGCUAGAAUUGUUUUUUAAUUAAACGUUUUUCUAAGUGAAUUGAGAUAGUCUGGAACUUGGAAGAGAGGCAGCAUUUCAAAAUAAUUUAGACAGCGUUAUUUUUACUUAAUUAAUAUAUAGAUUAAGUCCUAGUGUUAACUUUUUCUCUUAAAAAAAAAAAAAAAGAAUAGUCUUCAAAAAUUAGCACAGCGUUUCUCCACCUUUGUAUAAUGAUGUGUGUACAAAGAAAUGAGAUGGAACUUUGUUUUUUCUGUUUUAUAAUCGUACACCAUAGGCCAUGAUUGAUUCCGGAGCGCAGUUAAUCAAGGCAUAAUGGCAUGGACUUGACACAGCAAGCAAAAGACAUACAGAACAUAACAGUCCAGGAAACCAACAAAAAUAACUCUGAAAGCAUUGAAUGCAGCAAAAUAACAAUGGAUCUCAAGUUCAACAAUUCCAGGAAAUACAUUUCUAUCACUGUGCCAUCCAAAACCCAAACAAUGUCACCACACAUCAAGUCAGUUGACGACAUUGUGGUACUUGGCAUGAAUCUCAGCAAGUUUAACAAACUUACUCAGUUUUUCAUAUGUGUUGCUGGAGUUUUUGUAUUUUACCUAAUUUAUGGGUAUUUACAGGAAUUAAUAUUUUCAGUGGAGGGUUUUAAGUCCUAUGGCUGGUACCUUACCUUAGUGCAGUUUGCCUUUUACUCCAUAUUUGGCCUAAUAGAACUUCAGCUUAUUCAGGACAAAAGGAGGAGAAUACCAGGAAAAACCUACAUGAUAAUAGCUUUUCUAACUGUGGGUACUAUGGGGUUAUCAAACACUUCCUUGGGCUACCUGAAUUACCCUACCCAAGUCAUCUUCAAGUGCUGCAAAUUGAUUCCUGUUAUGCUAGGAGGAGUUUUUAUUCAAGGAAAGCGUUAUAAUGUUGCAGAUGUGUCUGCUGCCAUAUGUAUGAGCCUUGGCCUGAUAUGGUUUACCCUCGCUGACAGCACAAUUGCACCAAAUUUCAACCUGACAGGUGUGGUGCUUAUUUCCCUGGCAUUAUGUGCAGAUGCUGUCAUUGGAAAUGUCCAAGAGAAAGCUAUGAAACUUCAUAAUGCUUCUAAUUCUGAAAUGGUACUGUAUUCGUAUUCAAUUGGUUUUGUAUACAUUUUACUGGGAUUGACAUGCACUAGUGGAUUAGGCCCUGCAGUAACAUUUUGUGCAAAGAAUCCAGUUCGGACCUAUGGUUAUGCGUUCCUUUUUUCCCUCACUGGAUAUUUUGGAAUCUCCUUUGUUCUGGCUUUGAUUAAAAUUUUUGGUGCACUUAUUGCUGUAACAGUGACAACAGGAAGAAAAGCAAUGACCAUUGUACUUUCGUUUAUAUUCUUUGCUAAACCAUUCACAUUUCAGUAUGUAUGGUCUGGUUCGUUAGUUGUCCUUGGUAUAUUUCUCAAUGUUUACAGCAAAAAUAUGGAUAAAAUAAGACUACCAUCACUGUAUGAUUUGAUAAACAAAUCAGUGGAAGCAAGAAAGUCAAGGACGCUGGCACAAACUGUAUAGACAGUGAUUGUCCUAUUUAAAAUAGAAUUUUAAGGGAACAAUCAUCAAUUAAUUAACUUUCCAAAGGGACUGAUAAAAACCAAAGGAUCUGGAGGCAUUGCUAUCCCAUUUGUGGAUAGAUUUCAUAUGAAGUUGUUUUGUGGUGUCAGCCUUUUCUUCAGAGCAUUUGUUUGACUGACUUCCAAAGCAAUCAAGAGAGCCACGUCUAGCAGACUUUACAAUAAAAUGUCAAUAUGAAGGACUGUAAUUCCUAGCAGUUUAUUGAGAAUUUCACUGGAAAUGGACCAUGUGUUGCAAGACUAAUUGGCUAUAAUUAUGUCAUAUCAAAGAAAUCAAUAUGUAAUAGCAGAUUGUUUUAUAUUCAUUCCAUUUUGAUGGUGUUAUUUAAAUUGAUUCUCUGUUAUAAGAGUAAACUGAUGAGUUGAAGUCUGGAGAGAAUAACAUUCAUUAUAAAUAAAAUUAUUCUGUGAUCUUUUUUCAA